CUCAACCAAACCCUGUCGUUGGGUUUAGGUGGAGGUGCGGCUGCCAUGAGUGCAGGUCUGGACAAUUUCACCCAGGAGUCUGUGACCAGGUCGGCGAUCAAAGACAAGAACUGGCCGGCGCUGCUCAUCCUCGUCAUCAUCGCGCUGACGAUCGGAGGCAACAUCCUGGUGAUCCUGGCGGUGUCGCUGGAGAAGAAGCUCCAAAACGCAACCAACUUCUUCCUGAGGUCUCUGGCCGUGGCGGACAUGCUCGUCGGCAUCCUGGUCAUGCCGGUCUCCCUCAUCAACAUCCUCUAUGACUACGCCUGGCCCCUCCCCAGCGCCCUGUGUCCCAUCUGGAUCUACCUGGACGUGCUGUUCUCCACCGCCUCCAUCAUGCACCUGUGCGCCAUCUCUCUGGACCGAUACGUGGCCAUCAGAAACCCCAUCGAGCACAGCCGCUUCAACUCCAGAACCAAAGCCAUGAUGAAGAUCGCCGCCGUGUGGACCAUCUCUAUAGGCGUGUCGAUGCCCAUCCCGGUGAUCGGCCUCCACAACGAGGACAAGGUCUUUGUGAACGGCAGCUGUGUCCUCAACGAAGAGCGCUUCAUGCUGAUUGGCUCUUUCGUGGCCUUCUUCAUCCCGCUGGUCAUCAUGGUGGUGUCGUACUGCCUCACCAUACAGGUGCUCCAGAGGCAGGCCAUUGUCUUCCUGUGUGAGUCAAAGACUUCCUCCCAGCAGCCUUUGCACCCACCAGCGAUCACAUUGCAGCCUCCAGCCAGCACCUUCUCCCUUCCUCAGAUCAACACCAUCUCUCCGUCAGACUCGCAAGAGUUGAAGCCCCCUCCUCGUCAGAGCAGACGCAACACGUUGAGCUGUCUGAAGGCAGCAGAGCCCGGCCUGCUGCUCCGCGCCCCCCAGCCCGACUCCAUCAGCAUCGCGGGCGGCUCCGAGGUGGCGUCGCAGCUCAGCUCUCCGGCAGCGGGACACGGGCGCAGCGACACCUCGGGUUGCCACGGGCGACGAGGGAUGAUGCAGGCCAUAAAGAACGAGAGACGGGCCUCAAAGGUCCUGGGAAUCGUCUUCUUCCUCUUCCUCAUCAUGUGGUGUCCCUUCUUCAUCACCAACGUCACCUUCGUGCUGUGCCGGGGGUCCUGCAACGAGUCGCUGCUCAACGACCUCCUCAACGUCUUCGUGUGGGUGGGCUACAUCUCCUCGGGGGUGAACCCUCUGGUCUACACCCUCUUCAACAAGACCUACAGGAGGGCCUUCUCCAGCUACAUCAGGUGUCGCUACAAAGCGGGGGCCAACGCAGCGGGACAGAGCUGUAAAACCUUCCUGGUUGCCCCUCAGUGCCCCUCGCACUCUGUGACCCCCCUCCUGAUGGGGAGGGACGGGAAAACGGGCAUAGACCGCAAUAGUAACUGUCGAAACGGGCGGGGGGACAACGGGAGGCUGACGGUGGACCCGGAGGACUUUACAGACGACGAGACACAAAUCGGAAUAGUUUCGCAGAGCCUCUCCGAAUGCCAGAACACCGGGAUGCUCUCGGAAACUGAGGUGGAGCCGGAAACCGAAACAGAGGUGGAAACAGAGGUGGAGCAGGAGCUGUCACUCAUCAGCUAUAGUCCCGCCUCCAGAGAAGAAACCAGCAGCGUGUGAUUACGUAGUUUUUUUUGUCGUUUUUUAAAGUAUUCUUUUGUAAACCUGCCGAGCAACGUUUCAGACAAAGCAGACAUCGUUGUGAUUGGCUGUAAACCUGAGGACUUUUAUUGUGAAAGGACUAGAUUGAUAGAGCCUUAUCCUCAAACUGAAGUGC